GAGAAUACCCGCGAAGUCCAUCACUUCCAGAGGAAACCAUUGCGUCUAGUGCCUUCUGAUGGAGGAAUUUGUCGCAGAUCACAUGUCCCAGGAGCUCAAUGGCACAAGGGCGCUCUGUGUUGCUGUUCCUUCAGAGGAUGAAGAGAGCAACUGUAACACGGAACACUUGCAAAUGAGGAAAGGUGAAAGUGAACAGCAAAGACCCUACGAAGAGGCGAAUCAAGGCUCCAGUGGUUUGGCUCAGCUAGACCAUGAGGCAACAAGGAUCGAGAAGGUGGCCUGCUGUGAUGAUGGUGGAGGGCUGGAGCCGCCGGACGGAGGAUGGGGCUGGGUGGUGGCUUUCGCUAGUGCAGUUAUCAUGUUCCUUAUUAAUGCGAUGGCCUCUUCCUUCGGCAUUCUCUUCUCCAAGUAUCUCCUGCAGGAGGGCACAUCAUCCACUAUGACCUUCUGGAUCUAUUCGGUCCAGACACUUUUUUGGAAUGUAAGCAUCAUGUUCCUGCGAGCUCUCACUGAGGAGUUCGGCUGGCGAGCAGUGGGUAUCGUGGGCAGCUUCUUGACUUGUCUCGGAUUCAGUGUGUCGUCUUUCACGCCAGCACCUGAGUUCCUUUUUAUCUCGUUCUCACUCCUAUGUGGAAUCGGAGCUGGGACCGCGACAGGCCUGAGCUUUGUUGUGGUACCCAACUACUUCAGGCAGCGGCGCGGGGCGGCCAACGCCAUCGUGAACUGCGGUGAUGGGCUGGGACAAAUCUUCAUGCCGCCUUUCAUUGUAUUACUUCAAGACAAUUUUGGUGAUCGUGGCGCGACUCUUAUUAUCAGCGGCAUAAUGUUGCACGCCUGCGUCGCCGCCGCCACCUUCCACCCCUUAAAGUCGCACAUGAAGGUCCAGAUUACUCCAGAGGGCCACAAAGAUGCAGCAUUGCCCAGAAGCCCGCCAACCAACACUACACCAGCCACGUCAUCCAAACCAAACAUCUUCGUGCGGGUUGCCAAGUCGGUCGUGUCUAACCUCAGAAUUCUCCGAUCCAAACGGGCGUGCAUCAUCUCACUGUCGAGUUCACUGAUCGUUGUCAACAACCUCAACUUCCUGAUGAUGGUACCCUUCGCCUUUCAGGACGAAGGACUCUCCAUCGACGACUCGGCGCUGUGCAUGUCUGCCAUGGCCGUGGCCAGCCUUAUAAUUCGAUCCUCCUGCUCUCUGUUCUCUGACUUUAACUUCUUCAGCGUGCGGGCGUGUUACCUGUCCGGCUGUGCCGUCAUGUGCAUCUCAGCAGGAGUGUUCCCGCUGCUGAGGUCAAGAGAGUGGCUGUUGGUGGUGAUGGUGGUGUACGGGAUCGGUCAUGGUGCAAACAUGGGCACGUUCACCCUCAUGCUGAUCGACGUGAUGGGGCUGAAGAGCUUGGCGCCUCUCCUCGGCACCAGCUGCUUCUGUAACGGCAUCGGUUUGUUCCUCAUCGGGCCUCUGAUUGGAAUUAUUCGGGACGCUUCUCAGAGUUACGCCAUCAGCAUCUGGGUGUUGUCGAGCCUGGGGAUGGGCGGGACACUUCUGUGGGUGUUGAUGGGACGGGCAAUGGCGUAUGACAAGCAGAGGCACAAGGAAGGGCGUCUAGAUCACCUCAAAAGUCAUCAAACUAGUGCCAAAAUCAACCAGUGCCAGCUCAUCUCAGUGCGGUUGAGGUGGCGGUCACUGGUGUUACCGCUUGUGCUUCCGUGCUUGCUGGAAUCACAAGGGACGAACACUGACCACACAACGCACUGGAGGGAAGGAGGCGGGGCGAGUACUGGUAGCAUGGCAUUCAGCGGGGCGAGGGAGAAGGCGGGGCAGGGCAAGGGUGCCGCGGAGUGCCAGGAGCUUCACGUACAAAGGGAGGAGAAGUGCCAGGAUAUAAAUGCCAACGAGAAACAGUGGCGUGAUGGUGACAGAGACCGUGAUUGCAGUGUUGAUGAUGACAGCGCUGCGGGAGGAGAUGAGAAGCCCCCACAGAACACUGGCAGCCGCGGGAACAAACAGGGCGUGGUGUUCAGUCAGGAUGAGAGAGUGCAGUACAAGUUGGUGCCGCCUGAAGGAGGAUGGGGCUGGAUGGUGGUGCUUGGGACCUUCAUUAUCGUGACGCUGCUGCCCUCGAUGGGUCCCUCCUUCGGCGUGCUCUUCUCCGACUACCUCAUUGACGCCGGCUCCUCCUCCACCAACACUGCCUGGAUCUUCAACCUCCAGUGCUUCCUGUGGUUCAUCAGCGGCCUCUUGACGCGGCCCCUCACGCAGGAGCUGGGAUGGCGUCCCGUGGGGAUGACUGGCUCUGUGAUGGCCAGCGUGGGCCUCAUGCUCAGCGCCAUCACCCCCUUCCCAAAAUUUCUCUUUUUCUCUUACUCCGUCUUGACUGGGAUCGGCGGCGGCUUGGUGACCUGCCAGUGCUUCACCAUUCUACCUCACUACUUCCACCGGCUGCGCGGCAUCACCAAUGCCAUCAUGAUGAGUGGCAUCUGCCUGGGACAGUUCCUGGUGCCACCUGUCUCCCGAUACCUUCAAGAUAUUUUCGGUUUUAGAGGUGCCACGCUCAUCAUGGGAGCCAUUAUGCUCAAUGCCAGCGUCGGCGCCUCCUUCUUCCACCCCUACGAGUGGCACCAAAAGAGGGUCAUAGUGGAGGAGGAGCCCGAGGAAUAUGUGCCGGCCCUUCCCGCCAAGCCCAAGGCCAUGGACUCACCUCACCUGGGCCGCGGCAUGUGGAGGCGGAGUGUGACUUUGCCCACGAGACGAGGCACAGGCUGCUUGUGCGCCUUGAGGGCAGGAAGACGACAGCCCCUUCCUCCAGGCACUCCUCGAGAUACAACUCCACUCUCAGCCUCUCCUCCAUGGACGCGGGUAGCCUCGCCGCCAUGCCCCUUGGACGACGAGGAGGAAAAGGCCGACGCCAAGGCGCAAAAGAAAACAGGCGAAAUCUUUCUCAUCAGGGUCAUCAAGUCCACCAAGAAGGACCUCGCGGUGCUCAAGUACCUGCGCGCCUGCAUCUUCUGCUUUGGCGGCGUCUUGUGCAUCAACGGCUUCCUCAACUUCCUCAUGAUGGUGCCCUUCGCCAUGCUGGAGGUGGGCUUAUCGAAGGACGCCUCCUCUUGGUGCCUGUCUGUGUCCGCGGGGUGCAACCUGGUGACGCGCAUCAUGGUGUCCACGCUGUCAGACUUCAAGUGGUUCAACAAGAGGAUUGCCUACCUGUCCGGCUUCCUGCUCAUUAGCGCCUCCAUCACAGCCUUCACGUUCUCCACCACGUCUGAGCUGCUGCUGACCUGGAUGGCGACCUAUGGCGUGGGCGUGGGGGCGUGCAUGGGCAUCUACAACAUCGUCAUCAUCGACGUGAUGGGCGAGGAACUGCUUGCCCCGGUCUUCGGCACCUCCUCCUUCUGUACCGCCAUUGGGUUCAUCUGCCUCGGCCCUCUUAUUGGCUUCAUCAGGGACGUCACUCAGAGCUACGCCGUCAGCAUGCGAAUCACGGCCGGGAUGCUGCUCAUGUCUUUCCUGGCGUGGAUGUUCAUGAAUGUAGCGGAGAAGAUCGACCGACGCAGGAAGGCCGCUAAAGAGAGGGAAGAGGAGGAGGAGAAGCCGUAGUGUGGGUGAAGGGAAUGGCCAGGAACGAGAAACGCCACUGAAUAUCUAUCUGACCGUGUCUUUCAUGCGUGUGUCAAAAGUGUCUUCUGAGGGAAAUCCGUGUUGUUUUGCGCCUUGUCGUGACUGUUAUUCUAUCAUUGCCGUCACAUUCCCAUCACUUGUUCCCUCAGUCUACUUAUUUUUCUUACUCAUCGUUUGCAUUGUGUGUGUUUGUACAUUUUGAAACAUGUGAGUGGGAAACAGAAGCACCGCACACUGGAAAUGACUGGAGCACCAAUAACAAAGUGCAGAGUGAGUGAGUGAGUGAGUGAGUGAGUGCUGCGUUCAGGUAAGUGGAUGCAUUAAGGAGUCAAUACCAAUAGCUCACCUUAACCUCUUCAGUACCAUGACGUGUUUCAAUAUUCAUUCUGCUUAUUAUCUGGUGACUUUAUACUGCUUCAGAAACUUAUGUGGAGAUUAAGAUAGUGAAGACUCUGGCCACUAAUCUUUUAACUUCCACAGACCCUUCCUAAUGUAAAUAAAAUCGUCUAAUCACAACCAAAGCUCAUGGUAAAAAUGCAUUUCAGUACUGAAGGGGUUAACGACCAAUGGUACAACAAGGUCACCGUUAACCAUGUGAUGUAACACCAUUAAGUGAAGAUCAGAACAAAAAAGAGCCCGACCCAUAUCAAUAAGAGAUGAACUAGAUAGAAAAAAAAAAAAACGUGGAAGUGGAAGUGGAAGAUAAGAUGCAGAGGAGAACCAAACAGUAGCUUGUUGGACACUAGAAGAACGAUAAUCAUGAUAAGUACAAACAGUAUCGUAAAGCUUGAUAAGAAUUCAAAACAAGGCUAGAGAGCGAAACAUAGAUAAGAAAUAAAUCAAAAGGAAACCCAGACAGCAACAAAACUUUAGGUCAUUGCAACGCUGCUUAGUAACUACUUCUAAAGGAGAGUCAACCAGGACAGCACAGAAGUUCCUCUCCACCCAACUUUCGCACUAUAAAAUAAAAUGGUGACAAGGAAUUUCUACAGGGAAGGAUGAAAAAAGUACUAACAUUUACACUACUGUGAACUCAAUAAGGCUAUCUAAGAAUGAACACAAAAUAAUGAUAAAAUCAGUGUUUGUGAAAAAAUAAAAGGACUUACUUUGAUAAAUGAAAAUAAUAUAGUUUCAAGUAUAAUCAUUUGGUCAAGAGGAGAGCUCGUUGGGAUUAACUUAUAGGUAGACAGAUAGACGAAUAUAUUCUUUCACACACACCAUGACAGUAAGAACAGGUGAAUACAGUACAGGUACACUCAGAUAUAAUCCCGAUUUUUGUACUACAGUAUAUAUUUUUUAACGAAUUUUGUAAUAUGUGGCAGGAAUAUAAUCAACAAUAAU